AUGAAAUUCUUAUCAAUUGCUUCUCUUUUAACUUUAUCUUCAUCUGCCUUAGCUGCUAUUAGACAAGUCCAAUUGUUUGCUCAAUCAGAUAACGAAGAAAUCAACACUUUUGGUCUUUCUUCUAUUCAUGAGGGUGCUGGUAUUAACUAUUUCUUUUUAGCUGCCCCAGGUACUGCUCAAACUUUACAAUUUGAUGAUGAAACCAAUAAUAUUUUUGCUGAAUUGGGUUCUACUCCACCAGCCAGACAAUAUUUUGUUAUUUCUGGAAAUAUUCUUCAACUCAGUGUUGCUGGUGAACCAUUGAAUGUUCAAAUUGCUGAUGAUGGUUUGGUUUCUUUCCCAGGUUCUGAAUCUAUUGCUGCUGCUAAAAACAUUAACGAUCCUUACAGAUACUCUGAAGAACAAUUUGCUGUUGUUACUAAUGGUGCUGAAGGAUCAAUUCCAUUCAAGAUUGUUGCAAAAUUCGUUGAUGAAAAACCAAAAGAAACUGAAAGUUCUUCUGCUAUUACCAUCCCAGAAAGUUCAUCUGUUGUUCCAACUCCAGAAAGUUCAUCUAUUGUUACAACUGAAGAAACUACUAUUGUUCCACCAUCCGAAGAAACAGCUGCUUACAACAACAAGACUACCGUUACUGUUUACACCACUUACUGCCCAGAAUCAACUACUUUGACUCUUACUGUUUGUGAUAAGAAAUGUAAACCAACCGAAAUUCCAACUUCCGGUUCUGUCAGCAUUCCAGAUGUUCUCAUUCUGACUACUACUGAAACUAAGACUACUUUACAAACUAUCACUAAAGCUCCAGUUCCAACUUCUGCUCCAGUUACUAGUAUCCACCAUAACUCUACUUCCACCUUUUUCACUCCAGUUGCUACUGUCACUUCAUAUGAGGGUGCUGGUAAUAUGAUCACCGGCUCCUUUGCUAUUGGUGUCGCUGCUAUUGUUGGUAUGAUUUUGUAA